AUGUCUGAACCAAAAGCCUGCACAACGAAACCCAGAGUGGUCUGCUGCGUAGGCGACACCCAUGGCUUCUACACCAAGCUCCAAAAUCUCUGGUCUAAUCUUCAAACCACAAUCGACCCUUCAGAUUUCAACGCUGCCCUCAUAAUUUUCUUGGGUGAUUAUUGUGACCGCGGCCCAGACACCAAAAAAGUUUUGGACUUUCUCAUCUCUCUGCCCUCCAAGUACCCAAAUCAGAGACACGUGUUUCUGUCUGGGAACCAUGACCUGGCCUUUGCAGCCUUUGUGGGGGUCCUGCCUAAGCCUUUGGAUGGCUCUGAGUUUUCUGUGGCUUGGAAGGAGUAUGAGGCCAAUGAAGAGAGAGAAGGGUGGUUUAAGGGUGAUGGGUAUGAGAGAAUGCACUUGCAAGGUAGGAGAUGGGCUGGUAGUAUCAAGGACAAGUUUAAUGCAGCCAAAAAUACCCAGUACAAAGGUUCGAUUUAUGAUGCUGGGCCCACCUUUGCGUCUUAUGGGGUUCCUCAUGGUUCUGCUGAUUUGGUUAAGGCAGUUCCUGAUGAACAUAAGAAGUUUCUUGCUGAUAUGGUUUGGGUCCAUGAAGAGGAUGAUGUGUGUGUAGAGACUGAGGAUGGAAUCAAACACUGCAAAUUGAUCGCAGUGCACGCUGGUUUAGAGAAAGAAAAGGACGUCAAACAGCAGUUGGAAUUUUUGAGAGCCAGAGACACCCGGGUGCCUAAGAUAGAGGCUUUGAGUGGCAGGAAAAAUGUAUGGAAUAUACCAAAGGAACUGACAGAGAAUCCAACUGUUGUCGUAAGCGGUCAUCACGGGAAACUUCAUAUUGAAGGGCUCAGGCUGAUCAUUGAUGAAGGCGGUGGUAUGGAGGAAAGACCAGUGGCUGCAGUUGUGCUCCCCUCCAUGAAGAUAGUCCGCAAUACCGAUGUUUUGGCAAACUAG